UCUCUUUUCAAAAAAAAAAAAAAACUAGCUUUGUCAUCUACUCCGUAUAUAAAGCGCGACUCCGCACCGCAGUGGCAACGACGCCACCAAAGCCAGACCACUCUCCUCCCCACUCAUCUUCUCUGGCCCAACCGCGGCUGCCAUUCCCAUCCGCCUCGGCUGGGGCUCCAUCUGAUCCACGGAUUCUGAUCCCGAGUCGUACGAGUUCCUGCUGAAGCGUGAGCUACAGCUACGCAGGCAAGGCAGGAUGGUGACCAAGGUUGUGGACCUCCGGUCGGACACGGUCACCAAGCCGUCCGAGGCCAUGCGUGCAGCCAUGGCCGCGGCGGAGGUGGACGACGACGUCCUGGGCGCGGACCCGACCGCGCAGCGCUUGGAGGCGGAGAUGGCCAGGGUCACGGGCAAGGAGGCCGCACUGUUCGUGCCGUCGGGCACCAUGGGCAACCUGGUCUCCGUCCUCACGCAGUGCGACACCAGGGGCAGCGAGGUCAUCCUCGGGGACAGCUCCCACAUCCACAUGUGCGAGAACGGAGGCAUCUCCACCAUCGGCGGCGUCCACCCCAGGACCGUCAGAAACAAUCCUGACGGCACCAUGGAUAUUGACAUGAUCGUUGCUGCGAUCAGACAUCAUGUCGGGGCGGGGGCGCUGCAUUAUCCCACCACCAGGCUCAUCUGCCUGGAGAACACGCAUGGAAGAUCUGGUGGAAAGUGUCUGUCUGUAGAAUACAUCGACAAGGUUGGCCAAGUUGCUCAAAGCCAUGGCUUGAAGCUUCAUAUCGACGGAGCUCGUAUUUUUAACGCGUCCGUGGCACUUGGAGUUCCUGUUGAUAAGCUUGUGAGAGCCGCUGACUCAGUUUCGGUAUGCCUAUCGAAAGGUUUAGGCGCUCCUGUUGGAUCAGUUAUUGUUGGUUCUAAGGCCUUCAUAGAAAAGGCUAGGAUUCUUAGGAAGACACUAGGUGGUGGAAUGAGGCAGGUAGGAGUACUCUGUGCUGCUGCCUAUGUUGCAGUUCGCGACAACAUAGGCAAGCUUGCCGAUGACCAUAGGAAGGCUAAAGUUUUAGCAGAUGGCCUGAAGAAAAUUAAACAGUUUACAGUUGAUUUAACCUCAGUGGAGACCAAUAUGGUAUUCUUUGAUAUCGCGGAUCCACGCAUAACAUCUGACAAACUGUGUCAAGUCCUGGAACGGCGCAACGUGCUUGCGAUGCCAGGAAGCUCCAAGAGCGUCAGACUUGUCAUUCACUACCAAAUUUCAGACAGUGACGUCCAGUAUACUUUGACAUGUAUCGAGAAAGCCGUGGAGGAAAUACUGUCAGGCAAUGCUAAAUUCGAGCACUUGACAAACGGCAGUACCACGAAUUCAUAUGGGCACUAGGCCACUUCCUUUGGCGCCCACCUAUGAAGUGCAGUAUCCAGCUUGUUUGUGGCCAUGGCCUUUUGUAGUAACAACUUCGCAGAAUAAUAUAUGUUGCUGUUCGGGCCGAUAGGAACCGAAUUUCCUAA